GUGCAGCUCCAGCAGGACUUUACCCUCAAACGUGGCUAUAAAACCCGGGAGGGCCCGGCGGUGCAGAGCAGACCGACCCCACACUGAAGGAGAAAGCAGCAGCAGCUUCUGGAAGCACAGAGAAGAAACAUGAAGCUCCUGGUGGUUCUGGUUCUUUUCUCAGUUUGUAACGCCAACAUCCUGUGGCGCGAGCCUCCGAAGACCAACCUGGAGGUGGUGAAGGACGCUUUCUGGGACUACGUUGCCAAGGCGACGCAGACCGCUGAGGAUUCCCUGAAGCAGAUCCGAGAGUCCGAACUUGGACAGGAAGUGAAUACGAAGAUCUCCCAGAGCGCCGACGCCGUGAACCAGUACAUCGUAUCCCUGCAGACUCAGGCUGCUCCUCUCACCCAGGACUUCCUGACCCGGUUCAACCAGGAGGCGGAGCAGCUGCAGACCCGUCUGGAGAACGAUUUGACCGCUUUGGGCUCCAGCAUCAAGCCCUAUUGCGAGCAGCUGAUGACCAGCCUCCAGAGCCGGGUGGAGGAGCUGAAGAAGGAGGCGACCCCCUUGGCUGAGGCCGUGGACCCCGAGGCCCUGAAGGCCGUCCUGCUGCAGAAGAGCCAGGAGCUGAAGGGGCAGCUGGAGAGCAGCGUGACUCAGCUGCAGGCCCACAUGGUUCCCCACACUGAAGAGGUGAGGGAGAAGAUGGAGCAGAGCCUGCAGGAGUUCCAGGGCAGGGUGACUUCCUUGGCUCAAAGCUUUGAGACCCAGGUGGCCCAGAAGAGCCAGGAGAUCCAGCAGAGUCUGGUUCCGUACGGGGAGGACCUGAGGGCCAGCCUGGAUGGCAGCGCUCAGGACCUGAAGAACAGGCUGGCUGCUCUGUGGGCAUCCUUCACCCAGAAGACCCAGUAAACAGACUCCUAGUAUUUAUUCGGACUCAUUGUAUUUCACACAAACCGAACCUUCUGAAGGAAGAACAGUUUGGUUCCUCUCAACCUUCUCAUUCCUCUUCUCCUGUCAACAUUUAUUUAAAUUUGCAGAAAUAAACAUUUAAUCUCCAAAA